CAGGUCCUGUAAGGUACCGUUGGAUGUAUCCUGUAGAGAGGUAAUUACAAAACAUACUACAUUUUUUCAGUUUUUAUAAUUCAAUGUUUAGUUACUUUAUUUUUUUUUACUAAGCAUGAAAUUUCAUAUUCAAGGUACUUGCGCACAUUGAAAUCCUACGUUCGCAACAAAGCAUAUUCAGAAGGUUCAAUUGCGAGAGGUUACUUGGCUGAAGAAUGUUUCACUUUCUGUUCUAGAUAUAUGGAUGAUAUGACCACAAAGUUCAAUCGCCAAUCUCGAAAUGAUGAUGGUCAUGAUGAUGUGUCUAGCACAAGAGGCGUAGACAUUUUUACACCAAAGGGUCGUCCUUUAGGAAAGCCUACUCCUUACCAUCUUGACUCAUAGGAGUAUGAACAAGUUCAUUUGUAUGCACUCCAUAAUUGCGAUGAGCUCUUAAAACUUGUCAAGGAGCAUAAGAACAAACUAGCCGUUGAAAAUCCAGCCCCUAGGAGCAUAGAGAGGAGACAUAAAGCUGAAUUUGCAGAUUGGGUUCGAAAGCGUGUAUGUUAUUUGCUCAUUUUGUUUAUGUUCUGUACAAAUAUUCUUCUUCUAAGUAUAACAAUAAUUUAAUCUCCAUUUUUUUUAUGAAUAGGUGGAACUUAUGUAUAAAGAAGGUUCUAUCCCUGAGGACAUGUAUUACUUAGUUUGUGGCCCAUUGCGUAGUGUGAGGCGUUAUAGUGGAUAUAUUGUGAGUGGAUUUAGGUUUCACACCAUUGAUAGGCAAGAAAAUCGAAAAACCCAGAAUGGUGGGCUCAUGGUUCAAGGGGAUGAUGAGUCGCAAAAAAAGUAUUAUGGUGUUCUCAAAGAUGUUUAUGAGUUGCAAUAUCCUGGUGAAAAUCAUGUUAUUGUAUUCAAGUGUGAUUGGUAUGAUGUUCAAGAUCAAGGUAGAGGAUAUAAAAUUGAUGAAUAUGGAAUAACUAGUCUCUCUAAGGAGCUAUCGUUAGCCACAUAUGAGCCAUUUGUGUUAGAGUCACAAGCAGAGCAAGUGUUUUAUGUACUUGAACCAAGAGACAAAAGUUGGGUUGCUGUGAUUAAGACGGAGCCUCAAGACUUAUAUAACAUACUUGAAAGCAACAUUGAUGAGAAUGCACUAGAGGAAGUCCAUAAUGAAGCUGUACAGCAAGAAUGCAACAGGGUUUCAAAUCUUUACACAUCGCCACCAGAACAUGGAGGCUAUGGAGGGGAUAUUCGUUUGGGUACCAAUCAUUAUAUGGUGGAGAGAGGAGCCGAGAUUGUGAAAUGGGUUACUAAGGAAUUACAGAACAUUCAACAACAAAAAAGUGGAAAAGAAAAGAAGAGAAAGAAGAGAAACAAUGAUCUAGAUGAUUUUAUUGUUGAUGAUGAUGUUGAAGUCUAAA